GCCGAGGCCUACGUCAGAUUUCCCCUAAACGACGAAUCCAACAUAUACAAGACCUACAAUUUCAGGCCGAACCAGCCAGAUUAGCCUUCACUGUUUUCACUGAAAUGGGCCAUACUGAUGCCAACUCAUCCAAGAGCCCCCCUGUCCCAACGGGAUGGAUCACCGAACAUAUGUAUCCCGAGGCUGUGGAAAACAUGCUUCGUUGUUCCACUGGUUUGCCAGCGACCUUUGAGCUGGCCGAGAUCGCAGGCGCGCGCUACAUUUUCUCAUCAGGCAAAGACUAUUACCUUUGGAACAACAUAAGCACAGAAGGAUGGCGUAUUCUCAACGUAAAGAGCCGGGAUGACUUAUACACUCAGGUAGGCUGAAGCUUGAAGAACUGCCGGAUUAUGGGAGUGAUCUCGAAGGAUGAUUCAAAGUUGUUACUAGUCUUUUGCAUACAGUACAUACUUGGUGCAAAACUUCACAUUAGAAUAUAAGAGAUUUGCAACUUUAGUACUAAGGGUCCCGGGGUGGUCAAGAUGUGUAGUUUUCAUAAAUUCAGCAAAUGUACUUAGUGUGAAGCUUCGAAGCAGGAUUGGAGGAAUUUAUCUAA